GAAGAGCAUGGACCAUUAUUACGGUAACAAUAUACAUAAAGAUAAAUAUGUAUAUAAAGUGUAUACAUAAAUGCAAUGUAUCUUUAUAUAUACAUUUAUAAAGCAUUUUUUAUUUGAUUUUCGUGAGUUGAACAAUAUAUUCAUACCAAAACGAAAUAAGCCUUUGCGGGUCCACGCCCACCUCACAGGCAAUUUGUGCCUGGAAUGAUGCCUCCAAUGCCUCAUGAACAGGUCAUGGUUGCCGAGAAACAUGAAGCAUUACGUAGCACAUUGGCAGAUCUAGGCAAUGACAAGAUGAUAAAAGCACUAGAUGACCUGAGAAUGAUACUCCAGAUGAUUAUGCAGGAUUGCUCAAGGGCAAACAUUGAAGCAGGAAAGACAUGGUCAUUUGAGUAUUGCUGCCAUCCUGCUAGAGCAGAAGCCCUGAUAGAUUUUAUUUUGGCUUUAUCUUUAUCUAAACCAACAUUUGAAGAACGUUUGCAUUUGCUGUAUCUGAUAAAUGAUGUCUUGUUUCACUGUAUUCGCCGUCAGUUACCUUGGAUGAAAGAGUUGAUCUUGCAUCGACUGGUACCUUUGUUGAGAACAGUCUAUCAUUGUCCAGGUGCAAAUGAAAUGACAAAAGCCAAAGUCAACAAGGUUAUGACAAUUUGGGGAGAUAAAAACUUCUUUGCACCAAACAUAAUUCAUUCGAUCCGUGAAAAUGUGUAUAUACCUCCUCCACCUCAUAUGCCUGUGCUUGGACCACCACCUGGAAUGCCAGGAAUGAUGCCAGGAUUUAGACCUCCUUUUGUACCACCUGGAGCAAUUGGACCUAUGGGCAUGCCCCCAAUGGAAGGUUCAAAUCCUGCAAAAAUGCCCACACAAAUGCCGCCUCAUCUUGGUGUACCCCCAAGACCUCAUCCUAGUAGAGGAAUGGGAGUAGGAGUAGGAGGAGGCUCAUACCUCCCACCUACAUCUGCUAUAUCCACACCCAUACCUACACCUGGACUUGGCCCUGGCCCUGGACUUGGACUUGGACUUGGAUCAAUCCCAACAUCUGGAAAGAGUUCUAACCCUACCACAGCUCCAGCACCACCUCCAAUCCCUGCAUCUCCGCCAAAACGGUAUUACGAACUACCAGCCGGUUGGAUGGUGACAGCCCAUAAGAAUACAGCCGAACCAUACACACCGAUUGAUCCAGUCGCUAUACAGCAACAUCAUCAACAAAGUCAAAAGAACCCAUCCAUAGCAAACUAUUUAAAAGCACCACUAGAAGAUUUUUAUGAUGGCUUGGAUCUGAACGACCACUCAGAUACCUUUGAAGAAAAUACUGACGGACGUGUGGAUCGUAAUGGAUGGGAGCCUGACUAUCUCA